AUGCAGAACCAAGAACUUGAAGAACCAAGGCGGGACUGGGUAGCACCCACCGAGCGUGAUAUCUCUUUUCAGGGUCUGUCCAGCGAGCAUGAAUCCCUGCUCAAGGAGGCCUUGGACCCCGAAGAUGCUUAUAAGGGAAGAACCUAUUGGGCCGACCUACCUGCCGGUGAACGUACCAAGUGGGUGAACGACCAGCAUACCUCUGAGUCUAGGCGAGAACUGAGGGAUGUCUGGGACAUGUUCGAGGCUGACCCUCUGGAUCCGAUCAACCAAUAUCUUCACAAUUAUGCUGUCACCGGCGUCGGAUUCUUUACUGAGGGCUACGUGUUAUUCUCUGUGGGGAAUAUCCUACCUCUCCUGGAAGUGGCAAUCACUUAUAUGGAGAUUUUGGGCAUUAUCUGUGGGCAGAUCUUGGUUGGCAUCAUUGGCGAUUGGAUCGGUCGCCGCUGGGGUCUGAUUCAAGAUGCGCUUAUCAUGUUGACUGGCACCAUUCUUCUGACAUCAAUGUGGGGCAUCACAUUGUCCAGCUGGACAGUGAUGUAUGGAAUCAGCCUCUUCUGGUUCUCUGUUGGAGUUGGUGGAGAGUAUCCCAUGACCUCGUCUACGGCCAUGGAAGGCAUCCAUGGUCGAGCAACCUCGAGGCAUGACCGAUUACAUCGAGGUCGAUCCGUGGCAUUGGCAUUUUUGAUGCAAGGCUGGGGACAAUUCGGAAACCAAUUGGUACUUAUCUUGGUUAUGCUCAUCUUCAACCACAGCCUCAACCCAGGUUACGGCAAAACGGCGGCGCAGGUAACCUUUCGAAUUUCGUUCGGGAUUGCAGCACUCUGCCUCCUUUACUUCUUGUACCUUCGUGUGUACAAGCUGAAAGGUGUCGGUCAGUCUCUGAAAGCCUCAAGAAAGAAGGGCAAAGUGACGGGGUAUGACGUGACGUCGCUAAAGCUUACCACGAAUCACUAUUGGCAUCGACUUCUGGCCACGAGCUUAUGUUGGUUCUGCAACGACUUUCCUUUCCAUGGCAAUCAGAUCUUCCAGAAUGUCUUCCUUCAGAUUGUCACCUCCAGUCCCAGUCAGGUUGGGACGUUGUGGCUUUAUAACCUGAUCAACAUUGGCUGCGAGCUCGCCGGCUACUACCUGGCGGCCCUCUUCAAGGAUCACAAAUCCUAUGGCCGCAAAAGAAUGCAAGCUGUGGGAUUUAUCAUGUCCUUCAUUCUAUUCAUCAUUGCAGCGAGGCUUUACCCGGAGUUGGAUGUCAAGGGAGCCGGAGGGAAGGCGUUGGAAUUGAUCUACUUUUUCAGCAGCUUCUGGAUUCAAUUCGGUCCCAACUUUACUACGUUCUUGGAGGCGGGGGAGGUUGUCGGCUGGUUUGGCCUCAUCGGCUUUAUUCUCACCCUUUUGUUCAUCCCGGAUACGACAGGUCUCGACCUUCGUGAGCAGGAACAAUCCAGGCAUUUCAUGCGGGAAGGACGACCUCAAGAUUACCACGGCAUCGCAAUCCAUCCCAGACAUUAUAACCUGGAGCUGGGUCGCCUUGCUCGGAUCAAUGAGCUCACGGAAUUGUAUGAGAAAGUCGAGGGUUCCAAGAGUGCCGAAACUGAUGAGGAAACUCUCCCAGAAACCAACCAGGCCGAUCUGGACGACAGCGUUAGCCGAUAUUUCGACAUGGAGCGCCGACAUGGGAAGAAACAGGAUUGGUGA